UGUACUUUAAUAUCUUCCAAAUUAAGUGAUUUGAAGUUAUUGGGCUAAAACUGUUUGAUCCGGUCCAACUAGAAAAUCAGAUGCCCAAGAUUGGAAUAAAGUAACCCUACUUCCGCUACUCAUAUUAAUACCUUUUCUCUUCUGCGUAUCGAUUCAUACGAUCUACCAUCUCUCUCUCUGCCGCUCAUCUAUCAGCCAGACGGUCGAGAUGGCUGAAGCGCAAAGUGCAGUAUGUGUCCCUGAAUCAGUAUUGAAGAAGCAGAAAAGGGAAGAGGAGUGGGCGCUUAUCAAGAAACAAGAAAUUCAAGCUACCCGAAAGAAGAACGCUGCAAACAGGAAGGAAAUCUUCAAGAGGGCUAAACUGUAUGCUGAGGAAUAUGAGAAGCAGCAAAAGGAGCUGGUUCAGUUGAAGCGUGAGGCAAGGCUGAAAGGAGGCUUCUAUGUGAACCCUGAAGCUAAACUGCUAUUCAUCAUUCGUAUCCGUGGUAUUAAUGCCAUGCACCCCAACACUAAAAAGAUUCUGCAGCUUCUCCGUUUGAGACAGAUAUUCAAUGGUGUGUUUUUAAAGGUUAACAAAGCCACAACCAACAUGUUGCACAAAGUUGAGCCUUACGUUGCUUUUGGGUACCCAAACCUGAAGAGCGUCAGGGAGUUGAUUUACAAGAGAGGAUUUGGAAAGGUUAACAAGCAAAGAAUUCCCUUCACUGACAAUUCCGUAAUUGAACAGGCUCUUGGCAAGUACAACAUAAUCUGCAUUGAAGAUUUGGUUCAUGAGAUCAUCACGGUUGGACCACAUUUCAGGGAGGCCAACAAUUUCUUGUGGCCGUUCCAACUUAAAGCUCCAUUGGGUGGUCUCAAGAAGAAGAGAAACCACUAUGUUGAAGGAGGAGAUGCUGGCAACAGGGAAGAUUAUAUCAAUGAAUUGAUCAGAAGGAUGAACUAAGGCAUCAUUUAGGCUUUUGGGGAUUGUAUAUCAUCCUCUUGCUCCUUGGUGUUUUGAGCUUCUGUUUUUAUAAAUUAUUUUGUUAGACUUGAUGUUUCAUGGAACUGGGGAGAGUUUCUUUAUUAUUUCUUGGAACCAAGUUGUUAGCAUGUUAUUGACAUUCCCCUUUAUCUCUUUUUGCUAUACUUGUAGCAGUACUCAAAGUUUUGCACUUGUUUUGAAUUUAUCAUCAUGAUGUUCUCUACUGCAGGUAAAUUGUUAUGCUUGUAUUUGAGGUAAAUUGUUUUUUAUUAUAAUAAUUAAUCAACACUAAAGAUGUUUUUCACUUGAAGACGUUGGAGUGGCUAACAAAAUAAUUCAUGCAGUGAUGCAACUCGGAGUUUUUAUUAUUCACCAUACAUUUUUCACUUCAUCCUCUUGCUCCUUGGUGUUUUGAACCAUGCAAAGUGAUGCAACUGGGAGUCUCUUUAUUAUUUCUUGAAACAAUCUUAGCAUGUUUACAUGUUAUUGACAUUGCCCUUUACAUUAGCCUAAAAUAGGAGGAUGUACAAAAGAUGUACACCAAGGACAAUGUGAAACCCAUAUAUCGCUGGUUCAUCUCACAGUUUUUGUCUUCCCUAAAAACAAUAUUACAAUACUAUGUAUUCAGGAACUGUUUAUAUCUAGAUGAAGUGUAAGUAAUAUUCGUAGUUAAGAUUGUUUAUUUUGUAUGCUG